UCGGUUCUGGGUAUUAUUGAAGUCAAAAUUCUCUCCUUUGAGCAUACUUGAGCAUGACAUGCAGUUUUGUUCUGUAGUCCCUGGAAAACAAGUCAGUAUCUCGUUAGAACUAGGGUGAGGCCAGUGUGAGCUGGUUCUGUGGUUGCUGUGGGACAGGACUGUGUUGGAGGUACUACAGAGGGUGACCCACGUACACAGUCCAGCCCUGCACCAGGCACUUAGUGGAAUAUUAGUAGCUGACAUCUUCCCACCUGGAGGGGGUUGGACUCAACGAUAUAGUCCGACACUGCCAAGUCCCAUCUACUCCUGUGCAGCUUCAGGACGUAUAAUCUGCUUUACGGAAAAGCCAAAAAAGCUGUCUGUCUGUUGACUUUGCAGUCAGGGUAGCCUUGGCUUAGAAUUGUAAUGCCUGAGAAACUUGUCUACCUGGAGCCUUUCCAGAAGGGAUCUCGCUCUCCUCCCCUCUGCCAUUAAUUCUCCUGACAGGCUAGAAGAAUGUUUGAAGGUGAGAUGGCCAGUUUAACGGCCAUCCUGAAAACAGACACAGUGAAAGUGCCCAAACCCAUCAAGGUCCUGGACGCCCCGGGAGGCAGCAGUAUGCUAGUGAUGGAGCAUUUGGACAUGCGGUAUCUGAGCAGUCAUGCUGCCAAGCUUGGAGCCCAGCUGGCAGAUCUGCACCUAGAGAAUAAAAGGCGUGGAGAGAUGCUGCAGAAGGAGGCCGGCAGAGUGGGGAGAGGAGGUGAGCAGGCGGAACGGCCCUUCGUAGACCAGUUUGGGUUUGACGUGGUGACGUGUUGUGGAUAUCUCCCCCAGGUGAAUGACUGGCAGAAGGACUGGGUCACAUUCUAUGCCCAGCAGCGCAUCCAGCCCCAGAUGGACAUGCUGGCGAAGGGGUCUGGGGACAGAGAUGCCCUCGAGCUCUGGUCUGCUCUGCAGUUGAAGAUCCCUGAUCUGUUCCUUGAUUUGGACAUCGUCCCAGCCCUGCUCCACGGAGACCUCUGGGGAGGAAACGUAGCAGAGGAUUCCUCUGGGCCCAUCAUCUUUGACCCAGCCUCCUUCUAUGGCCACUCGGAAUAUGAGCUGGCAAUAGCUGGCAUGUUUGGGGGCUUUAGUAGCACCUUCUACUCUGCCUACCACAACAAGAUCCCCAAGGCCCCCGGGUUUGAGAAGCGCCUGAAGUUGUAUCAGCUCUUCCACUAUUUGAACCACUGGAAUCAUUUCGGAUCAGGGUACAGAGGGUCCUCCCUCAACAUCAUGAGGAACCUCAUCUAGUGAGCUUGCCCUGCUCUGGAGGGAGGCCUGUGCGAGGAGCCUGCAGAGCCGUAGGUUCAGAGGUCCCAGAUCCUAACCCUCUGUUCCCCCACAGUCCUCUUCUUCAGGGGUUCUGUCCCAUUUCUUCACACAUCUGGAGAGGCUUCAGACCAACUUUCCAAGCCUUGGAAAGUAUGUAAUAUCUCAGAAGAGAGGUGUUGUCAUCCUAAAGCUGUACAUUUCGUUAGACUUCGUAGUUGGAUAAACCAUACUAGUAAUGUGAACAGAGGGACCUCGCAGUGUGGGGCCAUGUCAAACCCAACAACUGCCCCAAAGGUAGAGAAGGGAAGUGGCCAGUGCGCCAGGCACUGCUGCUGCGGGCACCUUCCCACCAUCCCCUCCCGUCUCGCCUCCAGGAAUGACUCGAGUUCAGGAUGAUGCUACUCGAUGGCUGAGUGCAGUCUAGGCACGAAACCGUCUUACGAGGGGCAUCUUACAAUGACCAUUCCCCAAACUGAGCACAUUCCCUUUGCUUUCUGUGUGACCUCUGGACCAGCCGCAGGCUGAGCAGGUCUGGAGAUGAUUUGGGGAGUGGCCAAACUGCCAGCUUCCGGGGUGUCCUCAGUAGAUUCAGGAGCCACUGAAUCGACUUCACACCCCCCUGGCCUGCCGCUCUCUUAGCUUGCCGAGUGUCAUUCCUUUGCUUCAGAGAGGCUCGCGCUAAGCCAGUGUUUCCCCCCUUCAUCUUGCAGGGCUGAGGAACGGUCAUGAAUGGCAUUGAUGUUAACAUGCUUUUGUGCAAACUUUUCAGUGGUUUCUAUGAUGCAAGGCACCAUUUCCCUCAUUUAAACCAUAAGUCAGUGUUUUUCCUAGAUAUUUGCCAAGAAGCCUUUGUAUUGUGUUACUCUAAUAAAUUGUUUCUUGAAGAGCAAA